UCCCGCUCCAGGGAGAUUAGUUUUGCAGAGACUGGGUCUGCAGCGCUCCACCGAGGGCCGGCGACAGACGCCACAAAACAGCUGCAGGAACGGUGGCUUGCUCCAGGCACCCAGGGCCCGGGAAAGAGGCGCGGGUCGCACGCGCGGAUCACGCGGGCGAUGCGGGCGUGGGCCCCUGCACCCGCGGGAGGCGGUGGGGGAAAGGGGCGGGGCCGGCGCUUGACCUCCCGUGAAGCCUAGCGCGGGGAAGGACCGGAACUCUGGGCGGGCGGCUUGUUGAUAAUAUGGCGGCUGGAGCUGCCUGGGCAUCCCGAGGAGGCGGUGGGGCCCACUCCCAGAAGAAGGGUCCCUUUUCGCGCUAGUGCGGCGGCCCCUCUGGACCCGGAAGUCCGGGCCGGUUGCUGAAUGAGGGGAGCCGGGCCCUCCCCGCGCCAGUCCCCCCGCACCCUCCGCCCCGACCCGGGCCCCGCCAUGUCCUUCUUCCGGCGGAAAGUGAAAGGCAAAGAACAAGAGAAGACCUCAGAUGUCAAGUCCAUUAAAGCUUCAAUAUCCGUACAUUCCCCACAAAAAAGCACUAAAAAUCAUGCCUUGCUGGAGGCUGCAGGACCAAGUCAUGUUGCAAUCAAUGCCAUUUCUGCCAACAUGGACUCCUUUUCAAGUAGCAGGACAGCCACACUUAAGAAGCAGCCAAGCCACAUGGAGGCCGCUCAUUUUGGUGACCUGGGCAGAUCUUGUCUGGACUACCAGACUCAAGAGACCAAAUCAAGCCUUUCUAAGACCCUUGAACAAGUCUUGCACGACACUGUUGUCCUCCCUUACUUCAUUCAAUUCAUGGAACUUCGGCGAAUGGAGCAUUUGGUGAAAUUUUGGUUAGAAGCUGAAAGUUUUCACUCAACAACUUGGUCGCGAAUAAGAGCACACAGUCUAAACACAGUGAAGCAGAGCUCACUGGCUGAGCCUGUCUCUCCAUCUAAAAAGCACGAAACUACAGCAGCUUUUUUAACUGAUUCUCUUGACAAGAGAUUGGAGGAUUCCAGCUCAGCACAGUUGUUUAUGACUCAUUCAGAAGGAAUUGACCUGAAUAAUAGAACUAACAGCACUCAGAAUCACUUGCUGCUUUCCCAGGAAUAUGACAGUGCCCAUUCUCUCCAUCUUGAAAGGGCCAGAGCAGGAACUCAUCAAGUUUCCAUGGAAACCCAAGAAUCUUCCUCUACACUUACAGUAGCCAGUAGAAAUAGUCCUGCUUCUCCGCUAAAAGAAUUGUCAGGAAAACUAAUGAAAAGUAUAGAACAAGAUGCAGUGAAUACUUUUACCAAAUAUAUAUCUCCAGAUGCUGCUAAACCAAUACCAAUUACAGAAGCAAUGAGAAAUGACAUCAUAGCAAAGAUUUGUGGAGAAGAUGGACAGGUGGAUCCCAACUGUUUCAUUUUGGCACAGUCCGUAGUCUUUAGUGCAAUGGAGCAAGAGCACUUUAGUGAGUUUCUGCGAAGUCACCAUUUCUGUAAAUACCAGAUUGAAGUGCUGACCAGUGGAACUGUUUACCUGGCUGACAUUCUCUUCUGUGAGUCAGCCCUCUUUUAUUUCUCUGAGUACAUGGAAAAAGAGGAUGCAGUGAAUAUCUUACAAUUCUGGUUGGCAGCAGAUAACUUCCAGUCUCAGCUUGCUGCCAAAAAGGGCCAAUACGAUGGACAGGAGGCACAGAAUGAUGCCAUGAUUUUAUAUGACAAAUACUUCUCCCUCCAAGCCACACAUCCUCUUGGAUUUGAUGAUGUCGUACGAUUAGAAAUUGAAUCCAAUAUCUGCAGGGAAGGUGGGCCACUCCCCAACUGUUUCACAACUCCAUUACGUCAGGCCUGGACAACCAUGGAGAAGGUCUUUUUGCCUGGCUUUUUGUCCAGCAAUCUUUAUUAUAAAUAUUUGAAUGAUCUCAUCCAUUCGGUUCGAGGAGAUGAAUUUCUGGGCGGGAACAUUUCGAUAACUGCUCCUGGCUCUGUUGGCCCUCCUGAUGAGUCUCACCCAGGGAGUUCUGACAGCUCUGCGUCUCAGUCCAGUGUGAAAAAAGCCAGUAUUAAAAUACUGAAAAAUUUUGAUGAAGCGAUAAUUGUGGAUGCGGCAAGUCUGGAUCCGGAAUCUUUGUAUCAACGAACAUAUGCCGGGAAGAUGACAUUUGGAAGAGUCAGUGACUUGGGGCAAUUCAUCCGAGAAUCUGAGCCUGAACCUGAUGUAAAGAAAUCAAAAGGAUCCAUGUUCUCACAAGCUAUGAAGAAAUGGGUGCAAGGAAAUACUGAUGAGGCCCAGGAAGAGCUAGCUUGGAAGAUUGCUAAAAUGAUAGUCAGUGACGUUAUGCAGCAGGCACAGUAUGAUCAACCAUUAGAGAAAUCUACAAAGUUAUGACUCAAAACUUGAGAUAAAGGAAAUCUGCUUGUGAAAAAUAAGAGAACUUUUUUCCCUUGGUUGAAUUCUUCAACACAGCCAAUGAAAACAGCACUAUAUUUCUGAUCUGUCACUGUUGUUUCCAGGAGAGAAUGGGAGACAAUCCUAGACUUCCACCAUAAUGCAGUUACCUGUAGGCAUAAUUGAUGCACAUGACGUUCACACAGUGAGAGUCUUAAAGAUACAAAAUGGUAUUGUUUACAUUACUAGAAAAUGAUUAGUUUUCCAAUGGCAAUAACCCAUUUAUGAGAGUCUUUUAGCCUACUGGAAUAGACAGGGACCACAUCCUCUGGGAAGCAGAUAAGCAUAGAACCGAUACUUGAUGCACACUCGUAGCAGUAACUCAUCCCUAACAGCAUCAUAAAGCAGGUGCCAGAGGUGCUUUGCUUUGUCCUUCCAAAGCAGGUGAGUCAGCCCCACCGAGAGCCAGGCAGCUCUGAGUGGCAGCGUGGUGCUAGCAGCUUCAGUGGAACAGGGUGAGAGUAAAUUAGCAGUCUUCCUUGACAGCAGCAUUAAUUUAGAAGGAAGCUGACAAGUCAUGGGUCAAGUUUCAGUGACUUCUUCCUUCCUUUGAUGGCAGUAUACAGUUUUCACAUUUUAAUUCCUCCUCCUGAGAUGCAGUAUACUUAAAACCGUUCUCUCCCCUGCUAACAGAAGGGUGUGAAUCUGGUUUACUUUGAGCAUUAGGAUUUGCCCCUUUGGAAUUCUGCACUCCAGUACUUAACUUUCCCUUCAGAAUAUGUGUGGAAAGAAAGAAAGCAUAGCGAUGACUCCAAUUUUGCCCCUGUGGCACCUUGAACAAAACAGUUAUUCCCAAAUUAUACUUUUUUUUUUUUUUUUUUUAAAUAAGGUGAGCAGGAUGAUUGGGGAGAGAAAAACAUUCGACUUUGUUUGACGGCCUCCCCCAUUCUUUGCUGUGAGCUGGGAAGUGUGCAGUUGGUGGUCUUUCUUCUCCUUUCUUUAGGACAGUAAGAGACUUACUCACUGCACUUCUGCUCAGUUGGCUUCUGCAUCGGGACCGCACAGCCAUCAGCAGGGCUGCCCAGUUGGUGAGCACACUCCAUUGACCACGUGGCGCCAGUGCUUCCUCAAUGCACAUGAUUGUUUGAGAAGAAAGAAAGUUCUCUUAGAUGUUACUGCUUUUGCUCAGACUUUGCAAAAAAAUAUAUAUAUAUGUAUAAAUAUAUAAUUAUUAAUCACUUUUGUCCUUGAGAAAGUCUUGAAUGAACAGAGAAUUUAUUCCAUUGCAAUAUUUGAUUGUAUAGAGGCACACUGUUUCAUCGACAGAAGAAGCAAAAAGGCUUUGUGUAAGUUUUUGGUACUAUGUACCACCUCUGUUAUUCUUUUAAAGCUGAAGUAUCCAUGUACUUAAACCAUAUUAUAUUUAAUUGUGUUUGAUUUUAAAAUAUAUAUAUGAGAAUUCUAUUUAAAAUUGUGUCAACUUUCUGCUUUCAGGGUAUUUAUGGCUCUUCUGUUGAAAUAUAUUGAUCUUUCCAAA